UUUCUGUUCCUUUUGGGUUAUUUUCCCUUCAAUGAAGUUUCCCUUUCGACCAAAAAAAAAGUAGACACACGUAAUUUCGUGUCAUUUUUUUGUUUUUGUUUUUUCAAUGAAAAUAAAAGAAAAAGAAAAAUACGUCCUUGCGGAGGUCGUCAAAUGGAUUUUAAAAACGAGAGCAAGCUGUCAGAACAGAAACAGCGCAGGAACGAGAUUGAUAGGAAGCUGAGAGAGCAAAGCAAUACGCAAAGUCGUUAUGGAUGCCAACAUUUCUGUUAACCCUCCUCCUCCUCAACGUUUGGAAGACACAAGGGAAGAAGAAGAAGAGGGUCAGAAUUCUUUUGGGGCAUUGCACAAAUAUAAUUUCUUUCUGCUGGGCAUGCUGGGCUUGCUCCUCCAACUGAAGUCAGGAAAUAUUGCAUCUCCAUUUGUCAGCAACUACGUUACUGUAAUCACGUUCACUGUUGUUUUAUUUGUUUACGUGGCCAUAUUGGCGACCGUCAAGAAACUAGACCACCAAGCUGCGAUUAAUGAUCCAGACUUGUCUGAAUUCAUGGACAACGUUAGCCUCCUGUCUGGAACUCUUGCCUCCGUUUUACUAUUGCUGAUCCUCGUCCCGGCUCUCGGGUGGCUCAGCCUCCUCUUGUGGGCCAUUUAUUUUGUGAAGGACGUUGUAACUGUGACAUCGUAUACCAGUGUAGCUGUUUGUGCCAUUGACAGAGUGAAAGAGGUGAUGCUGAAUCAGAGUGGCCCUUCAAUUUCCACGGAGGAGCAGAGUCAUGUUCAUCAGCAAGAAAUUAGAAUGGAGGAGGGGCAGAAUCACGUUUCAUAAUUUUAGUUUUCUACCACGUUUGAAGUAAGUACAUUAUACAUACCUGUGAAAUAG